CAGUCAGAUGACCAGCUGUGGAAAGAGGUGGACUGGUGUGUGGAACAGCUAGAACUUGGCCUGAAGACACAGAAAUCCACUCCAAAGCAGGUCGAGGAGGCUCUCCGUGCGAUCAAGACGCUGCGCAAUGGCAAGGCUCCACUGGUGAAGAAACGUCAGCUCAUGAGAGUCAUGUUUGGAGACUAUAGGAAGAAGAUGGAGGAGGAGCGGUGCAAAGAGCUGAAGCUCAUGGAAACAGCUGUGAAAUCUGCCAGGGUCGUGGAAGUGAAGGGAGACAUCCGCAACAAGAACUGCCAGUUCAUCCAGAAGCGCUCAGGAGCUUGCAGGAAAAGCCGAGAUUCAGCAGGGUCCCCUUUGGAGUCACCCAGGACACUUAACACAGGCUCAUUCAAAUUUGCAACUUCCCAAGAAGAGUUUCGCUUUAACUUCUUGUAG